AUGCCGUUCUAUGUGGUUCUCAGCGGCCACAAACCCGGAAUAUAUCACACUUGGGAGGAUUGCCGAGACCAAAUCCUCGCUUAUCCGAAUCCAAUCUUUAAGCAAUUGCCAUCUCUAAAGGAAGUUCAUAAAUACUUACAACAUUGGAAACCAAUUAUCCACCCAGUACAAUUCGAAAGAAACGUCGAAGGCCGCAUCACCAUCUUCACGGACGGGUUGUGUUUUCGCAAUGGUACUUCAGAACCAGCCACGGGUCUAGGAAUCUAUUUUGGACCAAACCAUCCUCAAAAUCUUUCUCUUCCAUGCUUUGACAGAAACACUAAUAAUGGUGCCGAAUUAGAGGCCAUUCUUCAGGCUUUAAAAAUUAUAAGAAAAUUCGACUUAACAAAAAUAGACCUUUUUACUGAUUCGGAGUACUUAUGCAACGGCCUCACCAUCUGGUAUGAAAAUUGGGAAAAGCGAGAUUGGACUACUUCCACGGGAAAGCCUGUUUCGUAUAAAGAAGAACUCGAAUACGUCAAAGCCCAAAUGAAAGCCAGGGACAUUAAAAUCCAUCAUGUUCCCGGCCAUGAGGGAAUCUAUGGCAAUGAGCAAGCUGACCAAUUGGCUAAAAGCGGAGCCAGAUUAUUCGAACAAUCCAAAUCAAGAGAAGGGUUCAACAUUCCUUUAUCAACUGCAAGCUCAAAGAGAUAG